CCGCUCUCCUGCGUCUGUGUUUCAGCUGAAAAAAGAAAAACUCCUGCUGAAGCGACUGAGCUCCUCGUGACACACUGUUAUAAAGAUGGUGUUCAUUAAAGAGGAGAGUGAAGAUGUGAAGAUUGAAGAAGCAUUCAGAGUCAAACAUGAAGAUACUGAGGAACAAACAGACCUGAUGGCACUGAAAGAGGAGUGUGAAGUGCUGAAUGAAAUGGAAGAGAAAUAUCAAUAUGACAAUCAACAUGAUUUCAUGAAUGGAGAAAAACAAUGCUCACAGACUAAAAAGACUUCCGCAAGAAAAAGGGCUCAGAAGACAAGAAGUAGUAGUUAUUUCACCUGCCAACAGUGUGGAAAGUGUUUCAGUAAAACAAUAGGUCUUAAAAGACACAUGAGAAUUCAUACUGGUGAGAAGCCUUACACAUGUCCUCAGUGUGGAAAGAGUUUCACUCAACUUGGAAACCUUGGAAUCCACAUGAGUGUUCACACUGGAGAGAAGCCGUACAAAUGCCAACAGUGUGGAAGAAGUUUCAACCGGAAAGGAAACCUUAAUUGCCACAUGACAAUUCACACUGGAGAGAGUCUUUUCACCUGCCAACAGUGUGGAACAAGUUUCACUCAAAAAGCAAGCUUUAACAGACACCUGAGAAUUCACAAUGUAGUGCAGCCUUACACAUGCUCUCAGUGUGGAAAGAGUUUUGAUCAACAUGAAAACCUUAAAGUCCAUAUGAGGACUCAUAGAGAGAAACCCUACACAUGUUCUGAGUGUAGAAAGAGUUUCCGUCAAAAACGGCACUUUGAAGACCACAUGAGAAUUCACUCUGGAGAGCAACCCUACACAUGUCCUCAGUGUGGAAAGACUUUCAGUUAUAAACAUCACUUUGAAGACCACAUAAGAACACACACUGGAGAGAAGCCUUUCACCUGCCAACAAUGUGGAAAAAGUUUCAACCGAAAAGGAACCCUUAACAGGCACAUGAGAACUCACACAGGAGAGAAGCCGUUUACAUGUGGUCACUGUGGAAAGAGUUUCAGAUAUAAGGCAGCCCUUAAGUACCACAUGAGUUUUCACAUAUGAAAGAACUGUAUUUUAUGUCAUCAGUGUGGAAUUGUGGAAAGUUUCACAGAUGGGAAACAUCUUAA